GGCGUGGUGACGUCGGGACGCGCAUGUCUCGGUCUCAGUCAGAGUCGAGACAUCAACCCUUACACACGCACUCACGGCACGCUCAGCACCCCCAGUCGCCGGUUCUGCGACUUCCUACCGUACAAACUCCUUCCUCUCCUCCGUUCCUCCGUUCCUCGGUCCUCUGUCCUCGGCUCCGUGUACCGUAACGCCGUGGCUGCCCGCACCGCGACGGCUAUUGUUACUCCUCCUCCCCCCUCCCUCUCCCCCCCUUUAUUUCCUGUUCCGGUCCCAUUGUCCGCGGUGCGUGACGUGACGUCAGCCGUCAGUUGUAGCGCGGCCGCCGACUAGUCUAGUUCAGAUGUCGGUGCACACGACGAUGGUGUGAAUUGCGCUCUCUGUCGUUAGUGUUUUAUCUCUUCUUUUCGCUAUACUUUUCAAAGUGAUUUUUUUGUUCGCGAUCGGGAGUUUAUCCGAUAUCUCCGCGGCGUAAAAAUAAAAGUGAACAGUGACUUGACAAGAAAGACCGAAUCGUGGAUACCCUCAGUUUAAAGCGGGUGAGGACUUCAAUCGGAGGAGCGGUUACAGUGACCCCUCCGCCUUCAACCCCUGGGUCCCCCGCCUUCAAGCGCCGCAACACCAUGAACAUCCAGGCCGACAACUCCGUGGCACUGUGCCAGAGCAUGGACUCCGUCAACACGGCUACUGGCGAGGAAGAGGUCAGAACUUUAUUCGUCAGUGGUCUUCCCAUGGAUGCCAAGCCUCGAGAACUAUACUUGCUGUUCAGGGCCUAUGAGGGUUACGAGGGAUCGUUACUGAAAGUUACGAGCAAGAAUGGGAAAACAGCAUCUCCCGUGGGGUUCGUCACGUUCAACACACGCGCAGGGGCGGAGGCCGCCAAACAAGACUUGCAGCAGGGUGUCCGGUUUGAUCCCGAUAUGCCUCAGACGAUUCGACUCGAGUUUGCCAAAAGCAACACCAAGGUUAGCAAGCCCAAACAGCCCGUCGCUAGCCUCACUACCUCGCACCCAACUUUGAUGCACCCACUCACCGGACAUCUCGGCACUCCGUUUUUCCCCGGCGCCCCCGACCUGUGGCCUCAUCACCUCGCCUACGCCACCGCAGCAGACCUACCUGGCGCAGCCCUACAGCACGCUCUGGUCCACCCUGCCUUGCAUCCCCAGGUCCCCCCUCCCAUGUCCAUCCCUCAUCCGACCGCUGCGUUGACCGCCAUGCACGCCUCGCUGCCUCAUUUCCUCCCCUCGCCAGCGCUAGCCUCGCCUGUAGGCUCCUCGCCAUCGUCCCAGCCUGGGAUCCCCACAGGUCCCUGCUCCACGCUCUUUGUGGCCAACCUCGGACAGUUCGUCUCAGAGCAUGAGCUGAAGGAAAUAUUUGCAAGCUUCCCUGGGUUCUCCCGUCUGCGAAUGCACUCCAAAGGCGGCUCUCCUGUCGCCUUUGUUGAGUACCAGGAUGUUCGAUACGCUGCCCAGGCUAUGGCCACCCUUCAGGGUUCUUUCCUGCUCUCCUCAGAUCGAGGUGCUAUUCGAAUUGAGUACGCCAAAAGCAAAAUGUCCGAGGGAUCCUACCGGAGCGAAGAGAAUGGACAAUCUUAAUUACAACUACAUGCAGCCUACGCAGGUGGGCAACGCCACCUGACAGUGCAGUCCUCUAGUUGAAACGGCCAAGGUGUAGCUCUACUCGCUGAUGGAAAACUCUGUUUUUAGUAGCUUCUCAUUUUGGCCCUGCAACAAAUCAAUUUAAAAUAACCAUUCUGGGUAGGCCUGUAGUCUAUGUUUGUUGCUAUGAAUGAGAAAUAUUAAAAAUUAAGUUUUGUUAGUGAGCUUCGAUAGAAAUGAGAAAUGUGUAUGUAUCUUAAGUAGAGCUAUUGUUAGGUAAAGAUCGGAAAACCAAAGGUGCCCUAAAUGUUACGCUACAUAGAUUUAUUAAUUAAAAUCCUUUACAAGGCUCUUUUUGAGAUGUUUGUUUUAAUUUAAGACGAAUAAUAAGAGGCCUGUACUGUUUAUAAUUAUAUUGCAAUUUUGUUAUGUACUAUACACGAGUUGUAACCGCUAUCUAAGAAAAGGAUUCUAGGAUUGUAAUCAGGAUCUACAUCAGCAAAAAGGUAGCGAAAUAUUUUUUAUCGUGAAAACUUUGCUUAGUGGAAUCUGAGGAUGUUGGAGGAUAGGAUAAUUAUUAUUAGAUUUGUGUUAAUGUUGUUGUUAGUUGAUAUUGGAUGGUCUUAAUACUGUGCAUCUACUAAGAAGUCUAUGUUUUAGAUAAAAUCUUCAGUGUUCUAGUUUUUAUAAUAGAUUUUAAAAUCAAAGCGAUAUUUCAGAGGUAGAGAUGAUAGAAAUUAGUAAAAGACAAUGGAAUUCUCUUUUUAUUGUUUUGUCAGUAAGGUAACAUUUAUUUGCAAUUAUGCAUACUUUGAUGAUAAAGACCUAUACACAAAUCUAAAUGUAUGUGAUAUACAACAAGACAUAUUUUUGUUAUAUUGCUAUGACUUUUGAUGUUUUUUAUUAUGAAUAUAUAAAUAAAUAUAAUUUUUAUCCUCUUAAUAAAUGUAAUUUUAAAGCUUGUGAGUGUAGCAGAUGUGAAGUGUAUGUUAUAACUAUGUACGUUUUUUUCUUUGCAUUGUGUGAUUUUUGCAGUAUUAAUUCCAUCUAGUUUCUUAAAAAGAAGUUUAAGAAUUAAAUUUCUUGUUUUCAUACCAAAGUUAAUUCAAUUAAUUGGAUUGUUAAUGCUGACUGAAUGCCAAAGACCGGAAUAAUGUUGAAAGCAUGCAUCUAAAACCAAAACCGCCGUUUACAAUAUUUUCUUUCUUGAAUCUCUUUUAAUUUAUAUUUUCCUCUUAAAUAGCAAUAAUACUUUAGAAGGACGCGAUGAUGGGGGACAUCGAUGUCUAGCCAGCGCACAUAUCAUUCGAACUUGUAGGCUUUCAGUCUCCUAGUGUAUGUAAAUAUUUAUGUCAGUACUUAAAAGUGAUCAUAAAAGAUAUAUUCGUAGAUAUAUUAUUUUAAAAAGCUCUUUUUGUGAAACUGUUCAAUAUUUUUCACAUGACAUUAAAAAAUAUUCUGUCAAAUAAUGAGACCAAUCGUACGUACUAUGACUUUGAAUCACCUUUUUAAAUCACAUUUUUGAUUUAAUUAUUUCUUUAUCAAUACUCAAACUUUAAUAAGCAUGAGUAAAAAUGCCUAAAUUUAUCACUUGUUACUUGUUCUUCAGAAGUAUUUUAAUUUGUUAAACAAUACAUUGUUCCAUCAUUAUAUAAUUAAUGUAGCCUAUUAUUAUUUUGAUAAGCUCCCUUGCUUAUUGACAAGCUUAUUUCAAUAACAAAACUCUGAUACCAUACCCUUGUAGUUUAUCUGCUUUAACUUCAGAUUUUUGUGCAGCAAUUCAGGUUAUUUAAAUUUUGCAAAUCCGUUUCACUCUAUAACUGCUAUUGAAAAGUUUUUGUUUUCUUCUGAGAGUUCAGUAAUUUUGUUUCAAUGUUUUAUUAAGUAAAAGGCAAAAUGUAAUAAUUUCUAAAGCUUUUUGUUAUUUCUAAAUAUUUUUUUAUUAUUGGGUAUUAUGUAAAACUUGUUUGUGUGUUAUUUUGAGUUAUUUUAAUAAUGAUUGUAAAUACCGGUUUCUGUAUGAAAUUUGAAAACUUUGGUAACCAUAAUUUUAUCCAUUUGUCACUGUAUUUUUUUAGUUGAAACAAUUUUAAUAAUUUUUGACCAAUUUUCGUAUUCUGUAUUACGCUAGAAAGACUCUUACUAAGUACCUGUGAUAUUCACGUUUGCUGAUUUGUUGUAUUUCUUUAUUGUGGGGCCAGUCCUACUAUGUUUGUUCCUAAAUAAAAGUGGUAACCUAUGCUCUGUACAUUGGCAAUGUAGAAUUCCCCUGUUUUAAAUCCAAUUUUGUGGACCCAAUCAAAUUUUGGCUUAGCAAGAUAAAAAAAUAAAUUCCUCCAAAGAUAUAAAAUAAAUGAAUCUACUAACAACAAGUUGUAAUGAGAAAAUGGUUUUCAUUUCUAAAAUAUGUUUUAAAGUAUGCUAAGCAUAACUUUAAACUGCCAUAGGUUGCCGCUUCAGUGACUUUGCUUAGUUAAACUAAUCUUAUAAUUAAUUUUACAAAUUGUUGCCUGGCUAACAUAUCUGUCAAUUGAACUUCUUACAUGAAAUGUAAAAUCUAUCAUGAGCAAAGCUAAGAUGGAUAAUUCAAUAAUCAUUCCAUUAUCAAUUUUUGAAGUUGAUUUACUUUGAAUCUCAUAAGGUGAUUUAAUAUAAAUGACGAGGUUUGUUUAAACUUCUAAGUUUACUAACUGCGAGCUUAUUCUAUCUUAACUUUAAUUUCCUUGCGGCUGCAAAGUCCUGUGAGGCAGGUGUAGCAUUUUGUAGAUAUGAAACAAAGUAUAGUUUGUUCUAAUUUGAUUUAAUCAGUCAAAUAACAGGUUAGUUAGUAAUAAUUGUAUAUUUAUCUAAUGUUUUACCUCAGCCAAGCCUAAGUGACUAGGGUAACUUCUUUAGAUUUGCCAAUAGUCAGGGUUAAUCCAUAUCUUUCUCAGUCCAAAAUAUACCAAAGACCUGAAGCAUGGAGCAACUUUCUCUUUUAAAACCAGAGUUAAGUUAUAAAACUUGUAUUUAAUGUUAACCAAAUAUAUAAUUACUGUAGUGUUAGUUAUAGUUUAUAAUGCUUUGUGUGUGUAAGGUGUGAUGUAACUGUAGACUAGUAUUUAUUAAUGUUUUUGGGAUUGUCAUGUAGUCUCGGUAAGGCUGAAGGUAGAAACAGCUGAGAGCCUUGCCGGACACUGACUCCCGUGUACACAGAGAGAAUCCUCGAGGACUGCGCUGUUUCCCCCAGGUCCAUUCACUCUUCACUCCUCCCUCGAUGUCACACUUAUUUAAUUUCUUUUAGUAAUAUUUUUAAAAUUGCACCAACCUUAAAGCACUGCAUUUGUACAGUACACUGUCGGUUAAUAAAAGAAAAAUAACGUAACACAUUGUGAUAUACGGUAAAAUAAAUUGUUAAUUUUUUAAACAAACAUUUAUACAUAUACGACAAUCAUUAAAAGAUACGACCGGCCGAUAGUAGCCGAUAAAGCACAAUGUGAAUGUGUAAAGAUGCACUCUGGAAACAGCACAGUCCGUCGAUCCUCUGUGGAAAUAUCCGUCCAUGAAUCCAUGUCUUGUACGAGCCAUGCGAAUUAUCAUCAUCAAAUCUCAGCUCAAACCAGGUACAGGGGCAUUUACCCCCGGGGGUGUGAAGGAAUCACCAAACAUACAUAUCAGCUUAGGUUAGGAGAAAUCAAUGUUUCUACCCGUUUCAAUGUCUAUUUGUACUGUAUAAGGAAAGGGUCUUCUAAAUGUGUCUUUUGCUGAAGAUCUUCACACGACUUUUAUGAAUAGUUACAGCGUUAACCUAGCAAUAUUCAGUGUCUUGUUAGGUACCGUACUAAUACGAUUGUGUGAAGUUCUUCAUCCGGAAACAACUCAAUUAUUACUGUUCAUGUGGAGUAUUGUUGUUGGCAUUGACUGUACUGCGGUUUACUCGGGGCUCAUUUGUAACUGUAACGUAAAUUAUUGUUAUCUUCGAGUCUAUCCCUGAAGAAAUUAUUUGUUGAUCCUAAAACCUCUCUAGCCCCUACCUACCGCAUUCAAAACUUAUAAAUCUGUUGACAUUUAACCUAAAGUAGAUUGUAUUGGUAUGUUGUAUGAAUGGACCCUGUGGUUUGUGUUGUACCCAGCCUGAGAGUGCCUGCUGUUACGCUGUGACUGAUGAGCCUCAGUCCUUGUUUGGUGUCAAGGGUUGGUGUCGGCUCGUCACCAUGACACAUCAGCCUUCUUUUAAUCUGUGUCAGGCCGACACCAACAAAAACACCACUAUCAAAACAUAUCAUGAUUUGUGCCCCCUGACAAGUGUAACAUUCUUAAAUCAUUAGUAAAUUAUGUAUGAAAUAUAUUCAUUGUAAGAAUUAAUAUAAAUAUAAGAAAGAUUUGAUAACAAAGUAGAGGAUAUAACGCUAGUUUCUGCUAUCUUAGAUUCUGUACUGUAACAUCUUUGAACAAUGUCUGCUUUGUGGAGCCUGAGUCUCUUUAACGGAAACAUCUUGCAAUAUUUGACUCAAAUAUUAAAAAAAUGAAGUGUACAUGUGUUUAAAAAAUAAACAAUGAAAAACCCUU